AUGGAAUCUUCUCCUCUAAUACUAGCUCACGACCAUGCUCGAGCUGCCUCUGUAGCCACCCAAAGCUCCGAUACGACGGUUGCGAUCAACGAGCAUGCUCUCGCAGCAGGAGAAUUCGCAAAGGCAGCAUCAGGGACCGGGAGUGCAGAGGCUUUGAGGACGCUGAGGCUUUUGGAGCAACAUCAUCAGAGAUUGUCGGAACUCCUGAGAUACCCCGUAGAGAAUCCUCCGAAUACUACGUCUACCGAAGGAGAAGUUCAAGCAGUUUCACAGAAGCCUUUAUCUACAUCUGCUGCUGUUGCGGAGCUACGUGCAUCGAAGUCUGAUCUGGGACCACGAUCUUCUUCGCCGUUGCGGAACCCUCCCAGCCUCCAACAUCCUCGUCGUUUGCCGCCCAGGGACCUCAGCUCCUCUAUUGCCAGCAAUCUUGCGUCCGCAAGAGGUAUACGUGCGAAUUAUACAAGACAGCCAUUAUCUCCUAGUGUAUCUACGCAACAGGCACCUGGUAGUUUAGAAGCGCUUCCCCGCAAGAGGUCCAAGGUUCCAGCCAGUAUUCCGGAGCAUUCUCAACCCAGCUGGGUUCCACCAAAGCAAAAUGCUACACAAAUCGUGGAGCCUCAGGUCGCAGAUCCUAGCACUGUCGUAGCUGCAAAUAACGAUGAAGGAUUCUCAAGAUUCUACAAUACAUUCGAGAACAUUCUCUCAAAGCUAUCUGCCCCUCUUGCGUUUGCAGGUUUGCCCCUCAUUACUGAGGAAGGUCCUGAGCCCGCCGCCCCUGAGCCUACAAAGGCCCCUAGAAGACGACCCCAGAGCAAGGAACGGAUCGAUGCCGAACCAGAUCUGGCGAAGUACAUCUCGCGUGCGGCCCUGAGAGCCUCAGCAAGAGAUGGUCAUUCUGGCAAUGACUCUUUCUACGUAGUUCCUACCUCAGGCCAUACAGCAUCAUAUGCGCACAUUCUAUCUUUCGACCAGAAAGAGAAACGAAGGCUUGCGGCCUCUAUGCACAGCGAGAACGCAGACCUCUUCCCGGAUCCCGAAGAAGACGAUUUCGUGGAUGCUCGCGAGACCCCAAUGCCAAUCUCACCCACGACAUCUAGAAGAGGCACUAGCGGCAGAAAGAUGAAUGACCGAGCUCUAGAAAACAAGGUCGAGGAACUGGACAUCGAAAAUAAGAGUCUCAAGGACUGCAUCGACAAGCUCAGCAAACGCUUACACGCUUUCGAAUCAUCAGCUCAACAAAGUACCAUGGCUUUGCAAGAGAGUAUGAGAUUCGCACGCACCAUGAGUCCUGCACGAGAUCAAGGUAGUCGAGGUGGAGAUGAGGCUCUGAAACGAAGAGUUCUUGAGUUGGAGGAACAUGUAGCUUUAGGUGGGAAGGAGAUUGAGAGGUUGGGUCGGGAGAAUGGGAAGCUGAGAGAGGUGGUUGAACGAUACAGAGAGAGAUGGGAGAAAUUGAAGGCGGGUGCGAAGACGAGGAGAGAUGGUGGAGGAUCCUCGAAGGAGCCUCCCACGAAAGAUUCGCCUGGCAAGUGA